AUGGCAACACAAAUCAUUCAUUUGCCAGAGGUAGACCGGUUGAGUGCGAGGAUUAUUCGCAUUCUUGGCGGCAAUCCUGGAAAAGUACGAACAAACACGUACAUAGUCGGGACUGGACAAAAACGCUUGCUCAUCGAUACAGGCGAAGGAAAGCCAUCCUGGAUUGCAAAUCUCAAGGAUGUCUUGACGAAGGAAAAUAUUAUCAUCUCCAAGGCCAUCAUUACGCAUUGGCAUCAUGACCAUCAAGGAGGCAUAAAGCAUUUGCUCGAAUGUUAUCCAGGGACCGAUAUCUUCAAGAACCAGCCUGAUGCGGGCCAGCAAGAUAUACAGGAUGGCCAGAUUUUCCAAGUGGAUGGCGCCUCAUUGCGAGCUGUGUUCUCUCCAGGACACACCCAGGACCAUAUGUCUUUCGUGCUCGAGGAAGAGGAUGCGAUGUUCACAGGAGAUAAUGUUCUCGGCGCCGGAACUGCUGUGUUCGAGGACCUUGCAACAUAUCUCAACAGUCUAGAGAUCAUGCGGGGAAAGUUCCAGGGCCGAGCAUAUCCUGGCCACGGACCUGUGAUCGAAGAAGGACCUGCCAAGAUACUAGAAUAUAUCCUGCACAGGAAACAGCGAGAAGAGCAAGUAGUUCAGAUCCUGAAAUCCAAAUCAUCGAAUACAGCCGAGUCCCAGAAUAGUGAACCGGAUGAGUGGGCCUCUAUGGACAUUGUCAAGAUAAUCUACAAAGAUGUUCCGGAAAACCUACAUGUACCUGCUCAUGGUGGUGUUAUGCAAGUACUGAGGAAGUUAGAGACCGAAGAGAAGGUUGUGCAGCAUCCUAAGAGUGAGAAAUGGAGAAUCAAGGACCGCGCGGCUCUGUGA